CUGUUCCUGAGUUACUCAUAUCCUCCCCACAAUGACACAAAAUGACAAUUGACGUAAAUACGUCCACCAUUCUCUUGAUUCACUACAUGACCGAGUAGAAAAUAGAAUUGUGCCUAAGGAGGAUAUUAAAUAUUAUUUGUCGGAUGUUAACUCGUGUCAUCGGUAACAUCACGAAUGACGCAGAUCGGUAUAUUCUCUUGUUCAUCUCCAGAAGAUCAGUGAAGUUUUUUUUGUUUGAUGGAUGUCUGACAGUGACAUGCCAGAAUUGAUAAGAAUAUUAUGGAGCUGUCCAUGGGAAUACACGAAUUACUCUGGUUGACCGUUGAUAAUCGUGAUAAAAUGCAGUGCUGAGGCUCGUUUAUUGUGUCAGACAGGACGACAACGACUAUGGAGGUGCUCAAAACGUCCCAAGAAAUCGUUCACGAGGGCUGGCUCAUUAAAUCACCACCCACAAAACGCUGGCGAGCGGUGUGUAUUACUCUGAGAUGGCGAAAACGGUGGUUUGCUCUGAGACACAGUGGAGAAUUACCUGGACAGUAUUUUCUGGAGUAUUAUACUGAUCGAAGAUGCAGGAAACUCAAGGGACACAUCGAUCUUGACCAGUGUGAACAGGUCGACGCUGGUCUACGAUUUGAAAAUCGCAAACAAAAGUACCAGUAUAUGUUCAACGUAAAAACACCAAAGAGAAUCUACUACUUGGUAGCAGAAUCGGAAGCAGACAUGAAUAAAUGGGUGGAUGCAGUCUGUCAGGUAUGUGGCCUAAAAGCGUACACCCAGGACGAAGAACAACAGCUCUUUCCCUUCGAAUCUCAAGAAUCACCACCGAUAUCUCCAACGAGCACCAUCUCCGGACCCUACAUACCAAUAAGUGAAUGCAUAUCAGGAAAGCGUUUGAAUGACACGAGCUCUCUAAGUUCAGGAAUGGGUCAGGGCCCAGAGCACUACGAUGCACCACGUAGACUAGCCCCAUCACCACCCAGAUCACCAACAACAACCGACGCUGAGAGUGUUUUUACUGAUGACGAGUGGACAGCACCAGUUCCAAGUGUCAACUGGGAAACAUUUCCAUCGUCUGGUGAUUCGAGACCAUCGCAAAGCUCUGGUGACGCUGAAAUUGGCUCCUGGAGUGUAAGAAAGCGUUUUGGAAAAUUGAGAAUUGUUGAUUCAGCUGCUCCACCACCUGAGGAGACAUUUCCAGUUCCUCCAAGACCACCAAAGCCACUUCACAUGCUCCCAGAAAAUCCUGGCCACAAUUAUCUGAAUUUGGAUGGCUCCACUGAGAGCUCAAAGCCAAAUACUCCAGCAACUCCUGGCACUCCAGCACCUACCACACCAGCAACUGCACUCAUCACUGACGAAACUUAUGAUUUUCCUCGAUCACAUCAGCCAGGGACUAGUGAAACAGCUGGUGUUUCUGGGAGAUCAUCGAGACAUUGCUACAGCAAUGCUGCUCCAUCGGCUGUUGAUGAUAGGAUUUUCCGGUAUGAUUUUCAUGAUGAUGAGCCCUCUAGUCCACACUCCGAGAGCUCAACCACAGCAACUUAUUCGAAUCUUCCCAGUCCACUCAUCAAGGACUCUUCGAGCACUGCUGCCAGUGCUGCAACACAACCACCAGUUGUUUAUAGACAGUUGAAGCCUGGGAGAAAGACUAGUGAUUCGACUUCGAUUAUCAGUAAUGAACCAUCUCCAGGGCCGGUUAUCAGCAUGCCUGAUAUGAGCUCUGCUGAACAUUCACCUGCUGAACCUCCCUGCAUCAAUCGAAAGCUGAAACCCACUUCGAGCAAACCUGUUGUCGAUGUGAUUUCAAUUUAUCCAUCGGGUCCACUGCAAUUAGCAUCACCACCAGGCAGAGGAAGAUUGCGAGCUGCACCCAGUCCAACACCACCUACCCAUGGACACGGCAACAGACAUCACUCUACCUCCGACGAGGACAACAAUAUGCAGGACGACAGAGAAGAAAUUUAUUAUUAUCAGGAUCACAACACUUUUAUUCCUGCGUCCAAUCGACGUUUGGUGGUACUUCAGUACCUUGAUCUUGAUCUCGGUGCAACUGAAAAUUUUGCCAAUGCUGCAUUACCACCAGCUCAAUCACCACCAAACUCAACUGUUUACAAAACUGUUGACUUUUUGAAAACUGAAGCUUUCAAUCGCACGAGACAGCGUGUGGAGGAGGAGAGGAAACGCACAGACGAAAUGCCUUAGACCAUUGCUCAUAUGGAAAAUUAAUUUUCAAAUGGAUAAUUUAAAUUGUUCGAUGUCUCAGGAAAUUAUGAAAAAUAAUUGAGGAUAUUAUUUGACGUGGAAAAUAAUUUUAUGAUUUUUUGGAGUUUUCUGGUGCUUUGCUUUUGGAGAAAAUGGUGAGUGGAAAAUUUAGAGAUGAAAAUUGUGUAUUUUCGGAACAUCUUUACGUGCCUCAUUUAUGAAGAUUGCAACGCAGUUGAUCGAGAAAAAUAUGAAAAAUUAUGUUUUGUUCAUUAUUUUUACAAAUUUAUCCCUACGUUAACGACUAAGUCCGUUCUAAUGCAGAUAGAUGAGGUAAAAAUACAUAUGAGAAUAGUUUCAACAAAGAUGACGACAAACAUAAUUUUCAUUCAGAAAAUUGGUCUCUUGCAUUUAAACUUAUCAAUUUAAAUGGAAGUUUUCACCAAAGCCAAUGAAAAAGCAACGAAAAGUUCUGAAAAAAAUCACAAUUAUUUUUCUCACCUCAGACGAUUCUGUAGUUUUUUUUAGAAUUUUUCAGAGACAUCAAAUCAUUAGAGUAACCAUUUGACAAAGUGUGCGCCAUAUACUAUUGUUCUUUUCUCUUCCAAUAUUGUGGUAUUUCACCAGAAAAGUAAUACAAAUUUUAUGACUGCAUUGGAUAUCGACCGAUUGAACUGGAUAUGCCUUUCUAAACGAAUGACGCUCUCCAUGAAUUGGAAACGUCAAUGUUUUACGGAAAUUGUACAGCAACAUUUUAUACUGGACCAAAAAUCGUAUUUUUAAGAUACGGAGAUGUGAUAGAGUUGGAAAAGCGAUUGCAUUUUUCACGAGUUUAUGUGAGUACUUUUUUAAGAGAAGUUCUUUAUGAGUUUUAAAAAUCAUGGGCUGUUAAUGACCUUUCUCAUGCAUUAAAAAUCGACUAUAUUCGUCUACAAAAAAUCGAAUAACACAAAAAAAAAUGAUUGUUCAUUGUUUAUUGAACCAGUCGUCAAAAAUGUUAAGAUAGUGUGGGAUUUUUAUUUUUCUUCAAUUAUUUCAACGAAGUAUGAAAUAUUCAUUACAUAUUUUCUUUAAUUAACUCCUCCAUCUUUCAGAAAUAUUUUUCCGAUUAUUUUAGAUGAAGAAUGCGACUUUUUUGUUUAAAAAACGGAAUUUUAGAUGACUAGAGAACAAUUACCUUUUUUUUAAUCUACGAAAAUUGGAGACCUCGAUGUAUUUGCAACUUUUCAAAAGUCUUCAGGGCAUACGAACAAUGAACAUUUAUCUUUUUUGCAGUAAAUAUUCGAUUUUGAAUAUCCAAUCGAUCGAAUGUCGAUCCGCAGUGAUUUGCAAUUUUUUUUCCAGUAGCCUGUAACUUCUAAAACUCCUAGUAAUCUUCCCUCAAGAGUAUUAUUUCCUUUGCAUGACUUGACAUUUGAAUUACUGAAAAUCAGCAAUAGAGAUUUGAAUAUUCUGCAACGAAUUUUUUUAGCUGAAUGUGCUAGAUUUUGCAGAAGUCACGUAGUCGAAGAAUUCCGCAGGGAAAACUAUUUUAUAGUGAACAGGAGAAAUCUAAUUAAUCUGACUAUUUGUUAGCCUUUUUGUUGAUUGCUUCCCACGACAUAAAAAAACUUUUAUUUUAUUAUUUGAAUAAUCGGGCCUUUCUGUAGACAUUUUUAAUUUUUGCAAGUGAAUUAGUUUAUUCCAAUGAAUGUUGAAUAUUGAAGCAAGGACAAAGGGAAUUGUUUAUCAAGUUUUGCAGAAUCUUGUUGUGAAUUCCCAAAAAUUUACGAUUUGCGUCGUGUUUUAUUUUGUUUAUUGAUACGAAAUUGGAGAAUAAUACAAUUUUAUACUAAUGUAAUCAAAAAAGUUGACUUCUUACGUUUGGCUUUUCAACCGCAAUUUUGAACUUCUCAAAAAAAUUUUCGUCUCAAUGCAGAGAAGAAAUAUAUAAAAAACCAAUCGUUUUUUUUCGUCAUUAAGUUGCGCAAUUAUCAAUGACUUUUUAUCGGGUGAGAAGAAUUUUAAUGCCAUCAUUAUCAUGUAAAUAAACCGAGACAGAUAUAUAUCUAAAUUUUUAUGCAUAUUGAACCUGAUUAGCAUGCGAUAUACACAUGUAUAUAAAAAUAUCUACGUUUAUAAAUUUACCCAUAGGAUGUAUAAUUUUAUUUUUAUAAUAGCAGUCUUUGCAUUAGGCCGACGAAUUAUCAAAUUUUCUAGUGUUUAAGAGUACGAUUUCGUAGGACAUAUCGAAUAAAUCGAUACUUGACGAUCACCAGAUAACUCAUCAACUGAGAAAAACGUUGAACUGUGUAUUUACAAUUUUUUAUAAUAGUUGUUCAUUGGUUGUAAAUAUGAAUGAUUUAAAAUGAAUGUACAUUCGAUAAUUUUCGGUUGAAUGACACUCGAUAUACAAUUGAAUUAUUACUUUUCAAGACGUUGAUGUAAAGAUGAUUGUUUCUCGUUUUGUUAGUAAUUUCUGGACGAAAAAUGACGUUUAAGAAUUGAAAAUUUUACAGAUAUUUUACAUGAAAGUACGAAAUAUUUUAGUAGACUAUUUUUAAUUAACUAAUUUUUUUAUAACUUGGGAUGAUUAGCUAAUUGCAACCGUUCUCUUCAUUUUGCUCAUUAGUCGUUACGGAUUGUUUAUUUACGUACCGUACUGCUAUUGAUUUGGAAAAUAUUCAAUUUUAUCUGAUUUUUGAAAGAAGAGAGAGAGGAUGCAAAUUUGCAGAAGCAAUUUUAUAAACUUUUGCAUUACCAAAUACGUUGUACAUCCGAUUAUCAACGAAUUGCUUUAAAUCUGCGAGUGUACCUAUACUAUUGUCAUAUUAAUAAUUAAUCACGGUAGAUCAAUUAUGAGUAGGAGGCAAUUAGCGUGAGAAUACGAGACAAAAUAUUGAAAAAAAAACAAUAGGUACUGAAAUAGCACAUAUCUAAAAUGAACUAACGUACAAAUACAAUGGAAAAUAUUCAUUGCUUGUGAGAGAUAUUCUAUUGUAUGAGAUUGUAUUUUAUCAAAUCCAGCGAUGCAUUUGUUUUGCGAUUGAGUGCGAUUGAGACAGUUAUUUGCGAUUUGAUUAUUCAUUUUUAAAUAAUUUGUAAUUAGUGAAUAGAUACUGUAUUAUACAUAUUAAUAAAUUGAAAAAAAAAUUUAUACAGUUAA